AUGCAGCCUGAUCCAAGAAAAAAGUCAUCUGCAGAUGUGGACUUCUUCACAGAAUAUGGUGAGGGUAGUAGGUAUAAAAUAGAGGAAGUAAUUGGUAAAGGAAGCUAUGGUGUUGUUUGCUCUGCAUUUGAUACACAUACUGGAGAAAAGGUUGCGAUAAAGAAAAUAAAUGAUAUCUUUGAACAUGUCUCGGAUGCCACACGCAUUCUUCGUGAGAUUAAACUUCUUAGGCUCCUGCGUCAUCCAGACAUUGUGGAGAUCAAGCACAUCUUGUUACCUCCAUCCAGAAGGGAAUUCAAAGACAUAUAUGUUGUCUUUGAACUCAUGGAAUCUGAUUUACACCAGGUUAUCAAAGCAAAUGACGAUUUGACACCAGAACAUUAUCAGUUCUUUCUUUAUCAGCUUCUUCGAGGCAUGAAGUACAUACACACAGCAAAUGUCUUUCACCGAGAUCUAAAACCCAAAAAUAUCUUAGCAAAUGCUGACUGCAAACUCAAGAUAUGCGACUUUGGUCUUGCAAGAGUAGCUUUCAAUGAUACCCCUACUGCUAUAUUUUGGACGGACUAUGUUGCCACAAGAUGGUAUAGGGCUCCUGAAUUGUGUGGUUCAUUUUUCUCAAAGUAUACACCUGCAAUAGAUGUAUGGAGCAUUGGGUGCAUUUUUGCAGAGCUUUUAACUGGAAAGCCUCUUUUUCCUGGCAAAAAUGUUGUCCAUCAAUUGGAUCUGAUGACUGAUUUAUUGGGGACACCAUCUGCUGAAGCAAUUGCUAGGGUACGCAAUGAGAAAGCUCGCAGAUACUUAAGCAGUAUGCGGAAGAAGAAGCAAAUUCCUUUCUCCCAUAAAUUCCCAAAUGCAGACCCACUUGCUCUUCGUUUAUUAGAAAAAAUGUUGGCAUUUGAACCAAAGGAUAGACCUACUGCUGAAGAGGCCCUUGCUGAUCCCUAUUUUAAGGGUUUGGCAAAGGUGGAGAGAGAACCUUCUGCUCAACCAGUUACCAAGAUGGAAUUUGAAUUUGAGAGGCGAAGGAUAACCAAAGAAGAUGUAAGAGAGCUCAUUUACCGUGAGACUCUUGAGUACCAUCCAAAGAUGUUGAAGGAGUACUUAGAAGGAUCAGAACCAACGGGCUUCAUGUAUCCAAGUGCUGUUGACCAUUUCAAGAAGCAAUUUGCCUAUCUUGAGGAGCACUAUGGAAAUGGCGCAACUGUUGUUCCGCCUGAAAGAACACAUGCAUCACUACCCAGGGCAUGUGUUUUAUAUUCCGACAAUACGGUACAACAUUCAACAGAAGUCGCAGAUGACCUCUCGAAAUGCUGCAUCAAAGAAAUUGAGAAGCCACAGAUCGACAGGAGCUCUGGGAUCCCUACAACAAGGCUUCCAGUUCCUCAAACCAUCCAAGGAGCUGCAAGGCCCGGGAAAGUUGUGGGUUCGGUAUUACGUUUUAAUAAUUGUGGGGCAGCAGCUGCAGCAGAGGCUCUUGAGCAGCGAAGGAUGGUUAGGAAUCCAACUGCUCAACCCCAGUAUACUGCUGCAAGUACAGGCUCAUAUCCUCGAAGAAAUCCACCCUGUAAAAAUGAGAGGGGAGAUUGUGAAGGCGUUGAAGGUUCCAAUGGUCUGCAGCCAAAGCCUCAGUACAUGCCAAGGAAAGUAGCUGCUGCUCAAGGUGGAUCUGGUCAAUGGUACUGA